GUUCGAAAGUGGUUUUUGCGUGCCUUAGCUUGGCUAACAAGCCUCUGAUUAGAAAAAUAGCAUUUCUUCGAUUCUUCACAAGUGCGCGUGGGCGCGUAAUAUUUCCGAGUUGAAGUUUCUGCUGUGUCUUGAAGUCAAUUAAUAUUCGCACAAUGUCCGCCUAUGAACUAAGCAAGCUCGUACAAGUCCGCUUUGCUGUUUUUGUUGUUCUUUUGCUGCUAAGCCUAAAAGCACACUACACUGAAGCAGCGCCAACAACAGACCGAAGCUUUGCUUACGCCAAGGCACAGGCUAUAAAGAAAUCUGGUGGCAACCCGGAUACAAGCUCGUAUUUUCGACGCGAUCCCUAUGGCGCCAACACUUAUGCAUUUGGCUUUGAGGUUAACGACAAUCGCACCGGCAACAUACAGUUCCGCGACGAGCGACGCUAUGUGAACGGCAGCGUGGAGGGCUCCUUUGGGCAUGUGCGUCCCGAUGGCCGCGUCAUUGUCACACACUUUCUCUCGGACAAAGAACGCGGCUUUCUGCACGAGACACGCACCUUUGAGUCAGGCGACAGUCAGCAGUGGAAAGCGCAUUGGCCCACCAAGCGGCCGAGUAUACUCAUGCAAAGGCCACAGGAUGUGCCCACCGGUGCUGUGGUGUAUGACAAGGAUCUACACUUGAAUGUGACUAACAGUAAAGUGCCGGAGUCGCUGGCAAAUGCGCUCAAUGAACAACACGCCAUCGAUGUGAACGCCGGUGCGCAUGCGGAAGAUGCCAUGGGAAAUUUGGCCAUACAGGACAUUAUUGACGGCAAGGUGCCGCUGCAGAUGAAGCCGGCAAAAGCAGAGACACACAUUGGCUUUGAGUCUGUGCAUGAUUUUCUACCAACCCAUUUUCCAAUUGUCCCUUUUAUAUUGCCACCAAUGUUGGGUGGUCUCGGCGUAAGUGGUGAAAAAGCGUUGCCUAAAAACGCAAGCAGUCCAUCAGGUCAUGAAGCUAAGCAGAAACAGCAGCAUACUAAAUAUAACGAGGCCAAAAUAAAUAAUUCGGAAAAAAUUGUAAAUGUUAAGGAGCUGGAGAAAAGUGCGGUGAACAAGACCAAGGUUACAUCCUCAACCAAAGCGCCUCAGACGACCAAAGCACCUCAUUUGACGACCAAAGCACCUCAUUUGACGUCCAAAGCCCCUCUUUUGGCGACCAAAGCUGACAAUGCACAUAUUGCCAAGGAGCAACCUACACCAUUGACCAAAGUUCCGGAGAAUGCAACAUUCGUGAAUGGCACCUGGUACCAGCAACUAAUUGACCAGUCCAGAAAUGAGUUUCUCAGUAAUUUACCCGAUAAUCCGUAAAGUGGAGAAUAGAGGGAUUAGAUAUGUAUGAAAAUAAAGUUUUAUAUACUUCCAUUUACAUAUAUACACUAUAUAUAAACAUAUCACUAAGAUUUUAAGUAAGUAAAACCGAAAUCUUUAAUAAAUAAAUAAAUACGAUUGCCAAACGA